AUGAGUGAUUCAAUCAAUGUAUGUUAUUAUAUUACCAUACAUUAAUCUAUUACUAACUUUAUGUAGUUUAAUUUUGAUGAUGAUGACAAUACAUCGAGAUUUUGGUCAACACCAAGACCUACAACAAAUAAUAUUUUUAGACCCUUGGAUGAUCAACCAUUAAAUACAAAUUACUCAACAACUUCAGGUGGUUAUUUAACUAAUACCGCUGGUUCAAAUACUACUGCUGGUUCUAAUUAUACUUCAAAUUUAUCAACAACUGCUAAUUCUCAAUUAAAUAGUGCAGCAUCAAAUAUUUAUAAAUCUUCAUCAUUAAUUAAUGCUCCAAGUUAUGUACCAAGAACAGCUGCAACUUCAGUUAAUACAACUUCAAAUAAUGAUUCAUUACAGGAAGAAUAUAAUAAAUUAAAAAUUGAACUUAUGUUGAAAAAUCAAAUUAUUAAAAAUUUAACUGAUCAAUUAAAGAAACAACCAACAACACCAGUUGAAACUAGAAGUGAUUCAAAUAAUACCACAUUUAAAGUUCCCAAAAAUCAUUAUCAAUUAUUCAUUGAUUUAUCAACAACUUUACAAGAAAAGACUCAAGAAUUAGAAGAUACUAAAAAAAGAUUAGAAGUUGUAUUAUUUGCGAGUUCUCAAUUACAAUCUGCUUCAUCUUCUAUAUCUGGUUCAUCUUCAACUACAACUAACUCAAUUCAUCAAUAUGAUGUACAAGAAUUAAGUCAUAAAAUAUUAAAUAAAUUAAAUAAAUUGGAAACUGAAAACGAUCAAUUAUUAAAAUUAUUAAGUUAUGGAAAUAAAUCAAGUUUAUUAAUUGAAAUUGGAUUAUUAAAGCAAGAAAUUGCAUUAUUAAAACAACAAUCUACACAACCACAACCACAAACACAAACACAACCACAACCAUCUCCAACUCAAUCACAAUCUUUAUAUACAAGUGGAUCAAGUGCUGGCAUUUGA